AUGGAUGACAACACGCCCGAUUCUUCAAUUUUGUCUCUUUUGCAUGUCCACAUUCCUCUUUCAUCCUUGCACCAUUCCCACGCCUGCUUCAUCACUACAUCUGUAUACUACCCUAUUUUCUUCACCCAUCACACUUAUCGUCGUUCGUCUCUUUCCCUUUCUUAUCAAUCUGAUUCCAUUUGUCUCCUCAGUUGGGCUACGGUCCCCUCUGUUCCCACCAAAGUUCACCGAUUAUUUUUAAUCGUUGUCCACUGCCCUAUUAUUGUUUGUACAAUAACUGAGGUUGGUCGUGUUGGUUUUGGCUACGGUCAGGCGACAGAGGUGGCGAGUGAUCUCGUGCUUGUAGUUGGGCUACGGUCCCCAUUGUCCCUGCCAAAGUUCAUCGAUUAUUUUAAUCGUUCUUCCCGUAAAAUGAACGAGACAAAAAAUAUCCUGAACUUUUUUACGGAGAAUGAUACUUAUGACCCUAUCACAUUUUUCAAAUGGAUGAGAUAUCGGUAUCAGAAAGACAAACCAGAUGCACAUUCAACAUACCUUAUUUUGAUAGCCCAAGCGAAGGACUCAGUCGAAUGGAAGGAAAAUGCCGUGUUGAUGUCCAACCAAUGGUACAGUCAUCAAGCUGAUGGUACGAUUGCAGAUUUUUGGAGGAAACUGCCGAGAAAGGCUUCGGUCAAAAGGUUGACACAGAUACAGAACGAACAAGCGAUGUCCAACGUAAAACGUCUUUACAAACGAGACAAAACCAUGUCUGAGAUCUUGGACAAAGGACUUGUAGAGGAAGUCAGAUCCGAAGUCGCGUCGACCAGUUCUUCAUCCAAGAAAGAGAAGGAAGAUGCAAGCGAUGUACCCACUGCAGGGGAUUCAACCACAAGUGAUGAGGAGACACUUUACACGCCCUCAGUACUCGUCAAUACAUCAUCAUCACAAAUCGCAUCGACAACUACCCCUAAGUUAGGUGCUGCAGUGGAAGCUUUAGUGGACGAGGAUACCAAUGACCUGCUCUCCGAAUACUCUGAUAACAAUGAUAUUGAUCCACUGGGAAACUUCAUUUCAACGCCAUCAACGCCAUCCAAGAGGCACCAAAACAAACAGGUAGACCGCAAGUUCUUUCAAUCAUACAUCACAAUCAAAAACGUUUCGACCUCUGAGCCCAAAAAAUGCAUGAGAGAAAUCAGGGCAUGUAUUCAACAUGCAACUGCUCCUCAGUAA